AUGGCUUCGACGGGUGCCCAAGAAACCUCCCAAGUUCCUGCAAGCGCACAACGGCGCGGUGGCAGAGGGCGCGGACGCGCAAGAGGUGCACAUGGUGGCUCCGAAGAAAGACAGGAGAAUUUUGAGGCAAGAGGGCGCGGACGGGGUGGCAACCAAGGGCGAGGUCGAGGUCGAGGCAACAGGGACGGCCCUGGUGGUCGCGGCGCAUCUGCACAGGACAAGGGCAAAGCACCAGCAGUAGAAACACCAGAAAACGGUCCUGCGCUCAGCAAGCCUGUACCGGCCCCAGCCCCCGCCCCCGCACAGUCAGACGACGAAGAUGCAGAUGGCGAGGUGUGCUUCAUCUGUGCAUCGCCCGUCCAGCACCUGGCCAUUGCUCCCUGCAACCACCGGACAUGUCACAUUUGCUCAAUCCGCAUGCGAGCGCUAUACAAGACAAAAGCUUGCGCCCAUUGCAGGACCGAAUCCGACCACGUCAUCCUCAGCGAUGACGCUGAAAAGACAUAUGAAGAUUUUUCGAAGGCCGACUUUUUCAAGUCGGAUGAUACCCUAGGCAUACACUUUGAGAAUGCGGCAGUCUUUGAGGACACGCGGUUGUUGCUGCAGUACAACUGCCCGGAUAGCGAGUGCGACGUGGCCUGCCUCGGAUGGCCUGACCUACACCGUCAUGUCAAGACGGCACACGCCAAGAUGAUGUGUGAUCUGUGUACACGGAACAAAAAGGUGUUCACGCAUGAGCACGAGCUCUUCACCCCGCAAGACUUGAAAAAGCACCAAAAGUUUGGCGAUGACAAUCCCGGCGCAAUUGACCAGAGUGGUUUCAAAGGCCAUCCCGAGUGCGGCUUCUGCAGACAGCGCUUCUAUGGAGACGAUGAGCUGUACACACAUUGCAGAGACAAGCACGAGCGCUGUCACAUUUGCGAUCGACGCGAAGGAGGCAGCAGAAAACAGCAAUACUAUGUCAAUUACGAUUCUCUCGAGAUACAUUUUCGAAAAGACCACUUUUUAUGUCCAGACCGCGAGUGCUUGGACAAGAAGUUUGUCGUGUUUGACUCGGAGAUGGAUCUCAAGGCACACCAGCUCGAGGUGCAUCCUAACGGUCUAUCGAAGGAUGCAUUGCGAGACGCGCGGAGGGUGGACAUGUCUGGGUUCCAAUUCCGAGCCCCGCACGAGCAAAGUGCAGGCAGCGGCAGGCGAGAUGAGCGAAGGCGCGAAGGGGGCAGAGGACGUGGCAGAGGACGAGAUCCGAAUGCAGAGCCAGUUCCUGCCUCUUCUGCGCAGCCCCUGAGCAGAGCCGAACUCGCCUAUCAGCGACAGAUGGAAGCGCAGAAUGCCCAUUCAAUUACCGGAAGAGCUUUUGGUGGUCAACUUUCGACUCCCACUCCUGGUGAGGCGUUUGCAGCCAGACCACCCCCAAGCGCUUCUGGGCCUGCCGUAGUGACAGCUUCACGUCCAAAUCCGGGAGCUACCAGCAACAUUACAAACGGUAUGAGCCAACUCAGCGUCGAUGCGCAAUCGGUCAGUUCGAUUCCGCAAACCCCACAAGAGCAAGCCCGGCUGCUGCGUCACAACGCGGUCACUGAACGAGCUGCGAACAUGGCCGGACACAACGAAAUUAAGCUGCAAGAGUUCCGAGCGGCGGUAUCAGCUUACCGAAAUUCGAAAACAUCGGCAGCACAGCUGAUUGAGGGCUUCUUUGCGCUGUUCGAUGCCGAUUCGAAAGAGAUGGGAAAGCUGAUCAAAGAGCUAGCCGACAUCUUUGAGAUUGCAACGAAGCGGGAGGGACUCCUCAAGGCAUGGAACGAUUGGAAGGCCAUUAAUGAGGACUAUCCUUCGUUGCCUGGCUCUGCUACCGAGCAUGCCUUGAGCGGCGGGUCGGCGGGUCGAGGAGGGUCGCGUGUGCUGAAAUUGAAGAGCUCAACGGCGCAGUCAUCGCGCUCAACAGCCAACCAGCAAGCUAGCUGGUCAUCUGCAUCCUCAAGCAAUCCAUUUCCUGCGUUACCCACCCCUGCAAGUCGCAUUGGUGCCAAGCCUGGACAAACGCCGUGGGCAUCGUCUUCGUCUGCUGCAGGUAGUGCCCGCCCCUCGCCUUCAGCUACGCCCUCUCGCGGCGCAGCACCAUCAUCAUCAAGCACGAGCAAGAAGGCCAGCCUGGCAGAUGCAUUCCCAGCGCUUCCAGCAGCAGCCAAACCUACGAGUACGAUUUUCAGCCCAGGAUACACGGGCAACGGGCUACGGCGAGACAAUAGUGGGCGCAACACUCCAGUGGUGAAUGCUUGGGGAUCAGGGUCAGGUGCGAACAGUGGAACGACGACACCAGCAGUUGAGGAUGGCAGCGCAGCUGGAAAGAAGAAAGGCAACAAGGGUAAGAAACAGACGCUGUUUCAAUGGGGCUAG